CAUCGGGCCAUGACCGAACGUCGUCGUUUGACAGUUGGCCGAAACAAAGUAUCAACUAUCAAGCGCUGUUCUUGUUCUUCCUCAUCUUUGUCUGUACGUGAUUCAUAACGUUAAACGGCCAGAACCAGAAUCAGUGCAGUCCUCUACUAUACUAUGAUGCUCAGAAUUUGAAGACAAAACCCACCUUGCUGUUUUUUUUUCUCAGCAUUGCCUACUAGCCAUUUGCGGAAAUUACUGGUGUAGUAGUGAAAUGUCAAGGUUCCGAGCCAUGUGGCAAGCAUCCCUGAAUGCGACGAAGAAAGCUCUCACGUGGAGUGCUGAAGAUCUGAUGCCUCCCACUGAAAGACAUAUUUUCACCUUCAAUUCAAAAGAAGAGGUUAAAAAGUGGCACUUAUAUUCAGAUUCUGAAUAUGGAGGGUUGUCCUCGGCGUCUUUGGAGAUCAUGGAUGCUGGAAAGGGACUAAAAGGAGUUUUCUCUGGCAAUCUCUCACUUGAUGUCAUUCCAGGCUCAAAAUGGAAUAUCAGUCGAAGUGGUUUCUGUGGAAUGAGGUCAAGGAAGUUUAAUGGCUUCAUCGAUUUGGAGCCGUUUGACACAGUAGCAAUGAAGAUAAAAGGAGAUGGAAGAUGUUACAUAUCCACCAUCUAUACGGAAAAUUGGGUGAAUUCACCUGGACAAGAGGAGGAUAAUUCAUGGCAAGCCUUUGUUUUUGUACCCAAAGAUAACUGGUACAUUGCAAAGAUUCCACUGGUUCAAUAUCUACCAACUUGGAGAGGAAGUGUUAUAGAUGCAGAGAUGGAAAUGAAUCCAUCUCGGGUAGUUGGAAUGUCUCUAUCCGUGAAUGCAGAGGGUGGAAUGCCUGGUGCCAGAACUGGGCCAGGUGAUUUCAAAAUUGAGAUAGAUUGGAUCAAGGGCUUAAGAACACAGUGAUUAGUGAAGUGAAAAAAUGUAGCUGUAUCAAAGCUUUUAAUUUGUUUUACAUGAAUAAAUCUUAUCCGAUCUCUCUGUACAGUACCAAAUGAUGUUGUAAACUACAAACCAUCAACUUGCACUGGUUGGAAUUCACUAGGCUGAUUCCAACCCAUCUAAGUUUUUGUGGGGUUUAGAAUUUUCCUUUUAGACCAUAAAAGUUGGCAAGAUUUUGAGAGAAUAUAUCUUUUGGAUAUGUGGUUGAUGUGUUC